AUGAACGGAGAUCAACUCAACGAGAAAGCAUCUACGUUUUAUCUUGCAGAACUCUUUAGAAGCGCGGCAGAGGCUGGUCCUCUGGACAUCGUAAAGCUUCGCAAGGGGGACAAGCUCCUCAAUAUUUCGACUCAUCUACCUGCAAACACGCCCGACACGCCUUAUGUUCUUCAGAUCGUUGGCGCUCAUCCCGCUUCUUCGGGGGUGAUUGAGGCGGAGGUACUUUGGGCUUUAGAGAGGCGCGUGGCGGCUUUAGAGCGGCAGCUGCGAGAGCAUCAAGAAGCUUUAUACGCCACACCCUCCCUCGCCCUACGAGAACUCAAACGCCAAGUGGACAGUUUCAAGAACAAAUUGGAGAACAACGAUCAGCUGAGCUGGCUUAGUCUCUACAAGCUUCCGGAGCCCAUCUAUACGGAUUCCUGCCGCAGAUUGCAGCAUCGUCGGAAGAGCGAUAGCAUGAAGCGGAAAGUUCGGGAGAAGUUCCUCAAUAUCUGGAAAACCGUACGUGCCGAGGGAGAGACGCGAGAAUGCCGACGCAUUGAAAGGUGUGAACGAAAGAGUGCAGCGAAAUGACCGGCCUAUUCCCAACUUGAGAAAACACCGGAGAUGCUGUGCACACAUAGCACCUCCAUUCAUCCGCGAGUUCCGCUCGC